GGUGUUUCCACAGGCGGUACACGGAAUCUGGAGUGCAGAGCAGAUCAGAGACAGGCAGAUGUGAAAAGAGGGGUGUCCUGCCUCAGAGGAUCAUCAAUGGAUUCAUGAAAUAUUCCCUGAUCAAUAAGUUAAUUCGAUGUCGUGUUUGGACUGUACCUGUCUGAGAGGGACGCCAGUGAAAUCAAUAAGCCAAGAUAAAGAGUCGACUUCCAGCAUUUAUCCACACUGGGCAUGUGAACUGCCUCAGUGCUGGAUUCCUCCCGGACCAGGAGGGCAGGAUUUGCUAGUAAACUCCUCUCAAGCAUCCGCCUAUGAACUGAAAGAUGAGCUUGGUAAAGGCUUUGGGAAUCUAACUACAGUCUACCUCGCCAGACAUACUCCUACUGGGACUCUGGUUACUGUGCGCCUCACAGAUUUGGAAAACUGUUCUGAUGACCAUCUGACAAUUUUACAGAAUGAAGUCGUUAUGUCACGGUCAUUCAGACACCAUAACAUUGUGGCUUAUUGGAAGACAUUUACUGCUGGAACCUGUCUUUGGGUUGUAUUGCCAUUUAUGGUAUAUGGCUCAGCAAGCAGUCUUCUUAAGAACUAUUACCCAGAAGGGAUGAGUGAAGCAUUAAUAGGAAACCUUCUGUAUGGUGCAUUAAAGGGAUUAAAGUAUCUGCAUGAAAAUGGAUACAUUCACAGGAAUGUGAAAGGAAGCCACGUCCUAGUAUCUGAAGAAGGUCUUGUUUAUCUGUCUGGCCUUAGUCGUCUUUGCUGUUUGGUGGGAAGGGGCGAAAAAGCAAAAGUGGCGUACGAUUUUCCAAAUUUCAGCACUGCAAUGCUUCCUUGGAUGAGUCCAGAACUACUGAGGCAGGACCUGUAUGGGUACAAUGUGAAGUCUGACAUCUACAGUCUUGGGAUCACUGCCUGUGAAUUAGCUACGGGGCGUAUACCAUUCACGGACAUGCUCCGCACUCAGAUGCUGCUACAAAAAUUAAAAGGUCCCCCAUACAACCCCCUGUAUGGUAAUACCUUUCCAUGUGAAGAAUCUCCCAUGAAGAAUUCCAGGUCUGGUGUGGAUUCUGGCAUUGGGGAAAGUGUGGUUGCUGCAAGUAUGACUCAGACAAUGACAAGUGAACGACUAAGAGCCCCCUCUCCGAAAACGUUUUCAGCUGCCUUCCAGAAUUUUGUAGAAUCAUGUCUGCAACAGGAUCCUGAAAAUAGGCCUUCUGCUGGUACUUUACUGUCACAUCCAUUCUUCAAACAGGUUAGAGAGCAGACACAUGGAUCAAUUCUUUCACUACUGCCCUCUUUGGAACAAUAUAAAAAACACUGCACUGAUGGGCUAUGUUUGACAUACUGGAAAAAAUCAUGUACCCCAGCUCAAGAUGAAAAUAGUUGGUGGACAUUUGAAUAAUUCUUUGUUUACUAUGUAAAGGAAUCAACAUUUUCAGUGUUUUUUUGCAAUACAUAUCAAACUGGUGAACUGUGGAAGGACUUCAAUUUCUAUAUAGUUUUUAGGGUCUUUUUGUUUGUUUUUCUCAGUGCUCGUAGUGAGCAUAAUGUGAAUAUGCAAAUGUUGCACUUCUAUACUGUAGAUAUUCAAUCAUUGAUGCUCAGAUUCAUUAAGCACAAGUUGCUUUUCAAUAGUAUUAUAAAAAUAAUUGCAUUUGGAUAAGGCCAAUAUAAUUCAAUGCACAAUAAGUAUUGCUUCUAUGCAGAUGUAUCCUGUUUUUUAUUUUCUAAAAAUCACUGUAUAGCAACGAUAAGUAUUAUUUGUAACAUCCAGAGAGUGGUCAUUACAUUACUGUAGUAUGCACAAAGACUAUGUCCAAGAUUCAUUUCAGAGUUAAAAUAAUCUUCUCUAAAAUUGUUCUAGCAUCAUAACAUUAGGGUAUUCCCUAUGGGUAGGCUGACCAUAUUGCCGCUUUAAAAAGGGACACAUAUGAAAAAUACAUAUGUCAGGGCCGUUUUCAGGGCUGUUUAAAGAAAUGGUUUUGUAUAAGAACCCUCACAUAUGUAUUUUUCAUAUGUGUUCCUUCUUAAAGCGGCAAUAUGGUCAGCCUACCUAUGGGUCCUUGUUAUAGUAAUCUGUUAUUGGCAGAGUUUGACAAAUACCACAAAGUCAUGGCUAAAAUUUUAUUACUGGCUUGUAAAUUUGUGAAUUCAUAUUUGCAAAUCAUUCCCUAGCUCCUAAAAAAGUAUAGUGUUCAGGGGAGAUUCUGAAUUUCAGAUACAUUUGUCAUCCUCUAUGUUUUGGCACAAAGGAGAAUAAAACGUAUUAAAAUCAAA